AUGUCUCCAAAGACGAUCUUCCUCCUGGGUGCAACUGGCUUCGUAGGCAGUUAUGUGACCGAACUACUAGCACAAGAAUACCCAGAACACCGUCUUAUCGCUCUACUCCGAAAUGUGACACCAGAAAGGACCCAAGGACUCCGCUCACUGCACCCUGGUGUCGAAAUUCUGGAAGGAAAUCUCGAAGAUCGUGAACUCGUAGCCGCAACAGCAGAGACUGUGGACAUCGUCAUCCACGUCGCACAUUCGGACCAUGAACCUUCUGUUUCUGCGACGCUGGAAGGUCUCACCAAGCGAUCGGCUAAAGGAGGAGAGCUGCCGAUUUAUCUGCACAUGUCAGGCUGUGGUAUUCUAGCAGAUAAUGCUCGAGGAGAAUACGUCCCUCCCUCCAAAAUCAAAGAAUGGUCAGACAUUGAUCUCGAUUUGAAUGAUUGUCCGUCUGAGAAUACGCAUCUCCCGACUGAUAAGGCCAUUUUUGCAGCUGGAACUAGGGAGGAGAACCGCAUUCGCACGAUCAUUGUGUUUCCGAGUCUGAUUUAUGGAAUUGGAAAGAAUAGAAGCAGAUGUGGGAUGUGGGUUCCGAUUUUUACGGAACUUGCGAGAAAGGCUGGCCAUGCUGGGACGUGGGGACCAGGGGAAGUUACGCAGUAUGCUAUACAUGUGAGAGAUGUGGCGAAUGUGGUGAUUUUGCUUUUGGGUGCUGCUUUGGAUGGGAAGGUUAAGGGUGGGGACGAUGGGUUGUUUUUUGCGACAACAAAAGAACCGAAUAUGAGUUGGAAAGAGAUAAAUGAUGUUCUCGGGGAAAUCUUGUUCAAACGAGGUGAGGUGAAAGAAUCGGGAUCGAAGCCCUUCCCGCCGGAGAUUACUGAGCCGCUUGGUGAUUAUGGAUGGUCACUACUGGGCAGUAAUGGUUUUGCGCGACCGGACAAGCUCACCGCAAUGGGAUGGAAGCCGGAGUGGACGAAGAAGAUGCCACUGCGGGAUGUGAUUUAUGAGAUGAUUGAAGAUGGCAUCGAUUCAUAUCGGACGCAUUAA